UCUCACUUCCGCCGGACGCUCUGGGGAGAAGGAUGGAGGAGGAGCGGAGGCUGCGGGGGAGGCUGAGCCGCCGUAGGCCGCCCGCAGGGGGCGGGGUCCCCAGCUGCCGCCCCUGGUUUCUCAUGGAGGACAGUAAGAGUGAGCCGUGGGCUGCUCUCCUGCGAAGCACUGUGAGCGGGGACGUGGAUCUGACCCCGAACAGUCAGCCGUUGCCACCACUGCCUGCUUUUUCCAGCCAGGAGUCUCUGCCUGACCCAGAGCCCGCUGUGCCUCCUGAGGUCUUCACUGUGGGAUCCAAAACUUUUUCCUGGACGCCUUUUCCACCUGCCCUUGGUGGCUCUGGAAACUCCUACCAGUUGUUCCAUGGGCCUGGAGGCUCCCUGGGGUCACCUAUUCCAUCCUUGAAAAGAUGUCCUGCACCAGAUUCCCAUCAGACUCCCAGCCCCCAAGAGCGUGUGUCUGUGCAGAGUACACCUGUGUUGCUGAGCUGUCCAUUGUGCCAGAAGGCAUUUGAUCCGACGCUGGCCCAGCUGGAUGUGGAUAGCCACCUUGCUCAGUGCUUGGCUGAAAGCACAGAAGACAUGGUGUGGUGAGCUGCAGGAUGCCUCUCCUGUCCCCUCCUUCCAGCACACACACUGACAUAGGGAUGUGACUGCUGAGAUGUGUCUUCGUGUGGACACCUGAGAACAGACUCCUCUGGUUUUGUGCAUGGGCACUGGGCACAAUGCUGAUCACUCUGGUGCCAGUGUCAGGAGGUCCUCUGGCUCUUUUCUUGUCAACUUAACUGGGUUUGGAAUCACCUGAGAGACAGACCUCAGGGUGUGUCUGUGAAGCUGUUUCCAGAGAUUAAUUGAGAAAGGAAGACCCACCUUGAAUGUGGGUGGUACCAUCAUGUGGCCUGGGGUCUCACUGAAUGAAAAGGAGAAAUUGAGCUGCUUUCUGACUGGGGAUGUGAUGUGUUUCUCACCUGUCACCACAGCUACAGCUGCUUUUGCUACUGUAAUGUCAGCCAUGAGCCAGAAUCCAUCUUAAGUUGCUUUGAUCAAGUAUUUUGUCAUAGCAGGGAGAACCCCACCCAAGCAGGUGAGCCAGGAUCUGUCACAGACAGAACGGGGAUCUCUACCCAAGUCCGUGUUUGUACACAGGCUGGCACCUUCUCCUGACUGCAAGAGUGAUAUACUGGAUUAUACUUCACAGACAUUAAAAAAAAAGGUAAUUAUAUGUAUUUGUAUGUGUCUGUGUUGGGGGUUUUGUGCAUGGGAAUGUAAUUGCCCACAGAGGCCAGAGGAGGGUGUCAGAUUCCCUGGAGCUGUAGUUAUAGGCAGCUUUGAACUGCUGGAAACCAAACUUGGGUCCUUUGCAAGACGAUGAUGUGGAGAUGGAGCCCUUGGGAGGUGACAGGUCAUGAAGGUGAAGCUUCCUCAAGGGGAUUAAUGUUAUGUACUGAAGGGGCCUUGGGAGACAGGAACCCCAGGAUACUCAGGACAUAGCAAAAUGCCUGUCCCUAGUGUCCACAUGGACCGUCACCAGAACUGUUGGCUCCUUGGUUUCCAGGACUAAGAUGGAAGUACGUUAUCUACCUAGGCUGGGAAGUGUCCUGGUGGUAUAGCAUUUGCUCAGCCUGAACCAACCCCUGGAUCUAGCCAGAUACUGGGGCAAGGAAUGUGUCCUGGCAACUAGAGCUGACUUGCACAGCGUGUAGAGAGUCUCUGCAACCUUACCGCUAAGGGGUGGGGCUCAAAACCAUUUCACUGCACAUUUCAGUUUGGGUGGUUCCCAAAGAAGGGAAUUUAAGGGAGAGUUAGGGGGCAUAUCUUCUCAUCCAUAUGUUCUGGCUGGCACAUAAGUGAAAAUGUUGUUUUCUUCUGGAUAGUAAGCUCCAAUUCCUGCUUAGAACUGGUAUACCUCCUCUCCUAUUUUGUGUUUUGAACUGUGUGGCUGAGGACAACUUGAUUUCCCCACCACUACCUUCCAAGUGCUGGGAUUACAAUAUCUACUGUUAAGCUCAUUUGCACCUGACAUUCUUGUGGACAGAAACAAGUGUUGGCCUAUGGUUGGGGACAGGCAUGGUUUGAAAGCCUGAGAUAACCAGAAAAUCUUUAUUUUCCUUUGGAAAAUGGUUUCAGUGAGUUGGGUAUGGUGCACACAUCCGGAAUCUCAACACUUGGCAGGUGAAGGAUUAGCAGUUCAUGCCUAGCCUCUCCUACAUAAUGAAUUCAAGGCCAACCUAGGCUACAAGAGACCCUGUCUCAAAAGCAAACAGGAAGGGUUUCAUAUAAAUCAUAAAAACAUGUGAAGGGGGCCGCGGUACAGUGUCGUGGUUGGUGAGGACUCACCUGAUAGGUGUAAGGCCUGCAUGCAGUGUCCAGCAACCCUUCAAAAAAGUCAGACUACCCCAAACUAACUCUGUUGCCAGAUGAAAAGGCUCUGUUAGGGCUCGCCUAGAGGGGAGUCAAGAGAUAGGUACAGACAGAUGAGAGAGGAACCCUGGUCACAGGGGCUGAAGAGUCUCUCAGGCUGCCUGCCUGUUAGAGCUCCUGGGCUGCGGGUAGCUGACUCAGUCUAAGGCAAAAGCCCCAGAACCAGGAACACCAAAGGUGAUGGUCUCAGUCAGAGGGCCAGGAGUGUGUCCCCGGGAACAGGAGGAAAGAUAAAACUUGGAGCUCUGAUGUGAGUGGCUAGAUGACAUCUCCUGAGGAGAUCUCUUCUCACCUGGUGGACUCAACACCAGUCUUUGCAAACAUCCUCACAGAUGCCCCAAAAUUCUGUUCUUCCAGGUGUCCAGAAAUCCCUAAUCUAGUCAGACUGGUACUGUUCUAACUGCAAUCCCAAAGCUAUCACCUGAGUGAGCACAGAGCUGGGGAGAGCCAGGGGUGUGUGGCAGUGGAGUCUGACAUAAUAGUGGUACAUCCGUCCAAACCCAUACACAGAACAUAUCAGGAGGAAAGAGGGCAUGUUACGGGAAUCUCCAGUCAUUAGGACAGACUCAUUUCAUGGGGACGGUGACAGUGGCACUGAGUACAUGGGACACUACUGCUUUGUGUUAUGAGCCUAAAUAUAUUCUAGGAAGGGACUCUUAGGAAAACGGAAUAAAACCCUUUGCUUUCUCCAAACAUCUACUUCAAACACAGUAACAAUAAGGGCAUUUUCAUCAAAGUCUUUAAUAGAUGUGCAAGAAUACGAACGACCUUGGCCGUGGAGGGCGAGAACAUCAUCCACAGAAGGAACGCCGGCCGGCGAUGGGCUCCACUGAUAAUUGUACAAAACCACAUGGUUAUGGCUACUGCUUUACAAUCAUGAAAGUCACCAGUGUUUGUGAACCAUUUUCAAAAGACACACGCUAUCUUGCCCGGAGCCGUUUGCAAAACGUUAGGGUAUUUCCCACCCACCCACCCCAAGUCACAUUUCAUUACAUCCUUCACUUUCUUUAAUUUAUAAAACAAAUUACUAUAUAUAAAAAUCUCCCCUUCUGGUGGGCACAAUGUUAUUCACACAUUUGUACAUGAGCAGCCGAACCAGUAACCAGCAAGUCAUUUGGCAAUAGGGCAGUAUCCAAAUAAACAACCCCAUUUCUAACAAA